AUGAUCAACAUCACCCCCCCCCGAAAUCGAGCACUUUUCCCCCAGCAAAACCCUGUACCUCUCCCACACCAACCUCAGUCUCAGCCCCGGCCUCAAACAGCCACCCCACUUCCAACCUUCGAUCAACUCACCCACGAAGCUGAGGCUGCAGUUAACCAGGUGCGCCAGGCCAACAAAAAAUCCAAGCCCAGGUCGACUCGCAAACGCCGGCCCCCUGUUAAUCCAGCAACUUCUCAAGUUUCCCAUUCGCCUUUACCCGAUCAGCCCUCGGAACAGCAGCCAUCAACCAAGACAGACUUACCGCGCGGCCUGAAACCAGCCCGAGUGGCCCGUGUCAGAUUAGAGGAAGAUGUCGUGGAUCAGUACCGGCAUCUCCCCAUCGAUGAACUGUGUCGUUUGGUGAACAAGCAUGGCGAGAAUGCACGUCUUUGUGCAGAAGACUGUGUGGAACUAACAGAAGUCUAUGAGAAUUACCAGCGAGAGAUGUAUCUGGCCGACAAAUCAAUGUCAAACAAUGAUCGCUCAAAGGAACUGGGUGCCCUGUGGGCCAAGGAAGAAGAUAAGGAUAAGUGGAAUGAUCUUGAAUACCUCAACUCUCUUCCUAACCCUUAUGAAUGA